AUGGGAUCGCCCCGGCUCCUUCCCACCGAGGAGCGCUGGUGCUGGGGAGCCGGGCCGGCGCUCGUGGUCCAGGCUCAGCCAGGCGUGGGAGCGGGGGGGUGGGGGGCUGAUGCAGCUUCGGGUCCAGCCGCCGGGGACCCCGAAGGGCUGGGAGCGAACACCCCGGUGGCGUCCAUGCCAGGGGAGGGGACCAUACGGCUGGGGAGACGCGCCGUGAUGUACACGGCGGAGACGAUUCCCAAGGGGAAGAACCGAGUGAUGGGGACUAUCCAGAUCAUGAUGGGCUUCAUGCACAUCGGCUUCGGGAUUGUCCUGACGACCAUCACCAACGUUUACACCUCUGUCUUUGUGAUUGGAGAGAUCCCCUUCCUGGGAGGAGUAUCUUUCAUCAUUUCUGGCUGCCUCUCUAUUGGAGCUGAGAAGAGCCCGACCGAAUGCGCAGUGAAAGGAAGCCAGACCAUGAAUGUCAUCAGUGCCAUCUUUGCAUUACUUGGGAUAGUGGCUUUUAUAAUAGACCUGAAUAUAAAUGGACUGUACCACUCCAACUAUGACUACUACAACUAUCUAGUGAUGGCCGGGAACGGGAUCUCCAUCGUGCUGCUGAUCUUCACUAUCCUGGAGUUCUGCAUUGCAGUCGCCACCGCACUCUUUUGGUGCCGGGCAACCCGCCUCAACUCCCAUGAGUCCAUGCUGAUUGUGCCCAACACCAUCAGAGCGGACCUCAUGGUGCCCACUGCAGAAUUGCCUCAUCCGCCAACUUACAGUGAUACGGCCUAUGAUCCGAAGGACCAGUCUGAGUGGGGGACCCAAGAAAGAACCUGA